GCGCUGUGCGCUCCCUACCUACUUUCGUAUUGGGGAUUUGUGCUGCCAUCAGCGGCUCCAACUCUCUCUCUCUUGCGCACUCCUAGAACUUUCAGUACGCCAACGAGUAAUAUAUCGCAACGCGCCACGAGUAAUGUCCCGCGUGCAUGUGAGCUUGCGACUCCGGUUCGUGAAGCUGCCAAACAUUGACAGCGAGCGCGUGUUUCGCGACACAAUCUCAUUUAGUGACCCGGACGAUCGCAGCUAUGAUGAUCUGCGCGCGCUUGUCGAAGCCAAGAUCACAUUUAUGGAGCUUCCGUUGUCAGAGUUCACCGUCUUUUACACCGAGGAGGAGACGCGCGAUCGUCUCGUGGUCGACAACGCUCUCUUCAGCUCCCUCCUGCGGCAGUGGAGCCGCAAAGUGGCGAAGGAGCGCAGCGCGCGGCAGCAGCCACCAGCAGCCGUUUUACCGAUGCUGCUGGGCGACUCGGCCUCUCAAUGUGUUGAUAAUUUGGAUAACUUGUUGCGGUCGAGCAUUGGCGCAGGGGCGGGCGGCGGCAGCAACAGUGACGACGAAGGCAACGAUGACGACGCAAGAGCACCUGAUGCGGUCGCCUGCUUCGAAAUUGAGCUUGCACGCACACCGGCAGCCGUGCCGGACCUGGUACGGAGCUCCGCGUUUCCCGCAAGGUUCACGACAUCCCCACUAGUGAUGCCGCCGGUCCAAUUCGCCGCUCUCACACGCGAAAACCUCACGCGGCUCUGUGAGGCCAAAGUCGGCAACAACAGUAGCAGUCACCACAAUAACAGCAACAAUAGUAAUGUCAACUACCCUGCUGAGGACUCCUCCCUUAACGCCCCCGCGCCGAUCCUCAGUCCUGCCACACCGGUGGACCCGAACGGAGACGUGCACGUGCGUGUGCACGCGCUUACCUGUCCCCCCACGUACGUGAAAUUUUUCCUACGCUGCGUCAUCUUGGCGAUCCGCUUCAAAACACCAAAGCCCGGCAUGACGGUAGCAGAGUUGGACCUGGGCGACGCGGAGGACGUCACACAGGCGAUUACCGCGGUGACCUUUGACGAGGUGGUGCACAAAGCCAUUCGCGACCACCUGCGUGGCGACCGCCGGCAGGUGCUCGAGCUGCGGCAGGUGUACGUGCGCCGCAAGAACGACGUCGACAUGCGCUAUCAAACAAACCCACACCCGCUGCUGCUGCGUCUGGACAGGUCGUCGAAGCUGGAGGUGGUCCGCAUUCUUGCGACGCCGGCACCGCAGCCCGGGAGCAGUGGGGUUGUGACGGUGCGGGAGCAGCUCGGCUCGGCGGGUGUGGUGGACGUAACGCAGCUCAUGCGACUGCAACAGCAGCAGCAGCAGCGCAACAACAGUCGCCUAGGCGGCGCGUUUUCCUCUGAGAGUGGCGUGUCGGUGACGUUGCAGGGCGACGCCUUCCCCCCAGCUGUAUCCUCCUCGUCGUCGUCCUCCGGUCCACGACGCACGACCUUCACCAUCAACGGCAACAGUGGCAACGCAGGGGCGAGCGUGGCUCUCGUGAGUGGGGUGGUGCCUUCCGCGUAUGGCCAGGAGCUCCGUGCACGUCAAGAGCUGCUCCUCCGGCAGGCCCCACCGGUGCUUGCUGCUCCCUUGGAGCCGGGUGUACCCUACGUGACGGCGCGUGAUGUGCGUCAGCGGGUGCCACUGGUGGAACAGCACGCAAAUCGCGAGGAGCAGCGGAAACAGCGCAUUCGUCGCAAAACGGAGGUCAGCACACGGUGCCUGUUGUGUGGGCUGGACUGCAACGACGAGCAGGCGUGUAUGGCGAUCGUGCGCCAGCAGCUCACGAAGAAUAUACGCAAUCGCGGCGCGCGCACGCCCACCUUCGCGGAGGUGAAACGAGACUUGUGCGAUCACCGCCGUGUUCCGCCCGGCAAGGAGCCGACGCGACAGUACUGCACGCACACGUUUGUGAACACUUCCACCCGCACUGUUCACGUCGUGCAUCCGAGAUGCGCGCACCUCUGCUCGGCCUACCAAAGUGGUAAUGAGCUGGAGGACAUCGCGGAGUGCGAGCUGGCGAUGAACGUCUGCGCUUUGUGUGGCAUGCCUGGUGCGUGUGUGGCCUGCUACCACCCUCAAUGCACGGAAAUGUACCACAUCGUGUGCGCCUUGUACUGUGGCGGCUACGUCAACUUCGGGCAGCGCGACCCUUUCCUGCCCUGUCCCGCGUGUCCGCGCCACACGCAGGUCCCCAUGACCACGAGGAAGAGACGGGAGGAGGGGAGCAACGUUCUUCACGUCGACCACAGCUGCUGGGAGGACGGCGUCGCCUUCGAUUCGCGCGUGGUGGAGUCGACGGACCUGCGCGACCCGGACGAAAAUGACGGUGAGUAA